AUGUCAGUCUCCUGCGGCGAUGACGGCGUGGACUGCCUGGACUGCCUGCGAUGCGGCGUGUGUGGCCUGGCCCUGGACUGCCUGGUGAUCCUGGGCUGCUCCCGGUGGGUCUGGAAGCGCUGCACCAACGUCGGCUCCGACGACAGCGCCGCAUGGGCCCCCGCCACCCCCGACGAGUUCGAGCCCGUCCCCCGCGUCUGCCGCCUCAUCCUUGCCGUCUACCGUCCCGAUAUCCGCCACCCUGAGUUCCCCACCUCCGGCGGCUACAGCCUCAACCCCGACUGGCUCAUCAAGCGCGUCACCUACGAGCGGACCCUCGGCCAUGCCCCACCCUACAUCAUUUACGUAGACCAUGACCACUGCGAGAUUGUCCUCGCGAUCCGCGGCCUCAACCUCGCCAAGGAGAGCGACUACAAGCUCCUGCUGGACAAUCGGCUCGGCAUGCAGAUGUUCGACGGGGGUUACGUCCACCACGGGCUGUUGAAAUCGGCGACUUGGCUGUUGAAUGAGGAAUCGGAGACGUUGAAGAGGCUUUGGGUCGAGAAUGGGUCGAACUACAACAUAGUUUUUGCGGGCCACUCGCUUGGGUCUGGUGUGGCUUCGCUCUUGGCAGUGAUCGUGGCGAACUAUGGGGAUCAGCUGGGCGGAGUUCCGCGGAGUAAAGUGCGGUGUUACGCAGUGGCUCCAGCAAGGUGUAUGUCGCUUAACUUGGCGGUGAAGUAUGCUGACGUGAUUCACUCCAUAAUCUUGCAGGAUGAUUUUUUACCAAGAACUCCUACUCCCUUGGAGGAUAUUUUCACGUCAAUUUUCUGCUUGCCAUGCUUACUGCAUUGGGUCUGCCUGAGGGACACUUUUAUACCUGAGGGUAGGAAGCUCAGAGACCCGAGGAGACUUUAUGCACCUGGAAGAAUGUAUCAUAUUGUAGAAAGAAAAUUCUGCAGGUGCGGGAGGUAUCCUCCGGAAGUAAGAACUGCUAUUCCGGUUGAUGGGAGAUUUGAGCAUAUCGUCUUAUCUUGUAAUGCCACAUCUGAUCAUGCAAUUAUCUGGAUAGAAAGAGAAGCAGAGAAGGCUUUGCAAAGAAUAAGGGAAAGGAGUGCCGAGACUGUAACCACUGCUCCAAACAUACAAAAGUUCGAUAGGUUGAGGACGCUAGAGAAGGAACACAAAGAUGCAGUGGAAAGAGCAGUAAGCUUAGACAUUCCCCAUGCCGCGAUGUCUCUGGAUGAGGAAAACCCAGAUUCAAAUCCCCAAGACGAAGAGUCACAGCCUUCACAGGAAGAAAAGUCUGCUGACAUCGUUCUGGAUGACAAAGCCAGGCCUCGCAAUGCGAGGACCAAUCGGGAUGAAGUCAUCAAGAAGCUCAUGAACAGAGAUAGAUCAGGGAAGCUAUGUCUUGAGAGAGAAACAAAUAACCCAACGUAACGCUGCGCGCAUUCCUCUUCUUCGGACUUCAUUUUCUGGGGCAUGUUCUUCAUUGGAUCUAUCCUUUUUAUGGUGCGUAUUUACUGAUUCUUUUGCUGGGAACAGGAUUCUGGUGCAGCUCGUGAUCUGAUUCUUAUACUGCUAUUCGGCCCCAUCAUUGUUACUUCUUUUUCAUCGCGUUUUUUCUCACUGUAUAGCAUUCUAUAUAGGGUGCAUUGUCUGUGACAGAUAAGGUGAACUCAUUUACCAUAUUUUAGGUGGUUGCAAUACCUUAGAGGAGUGGUGCUGGAGGAAUGGUGCCUGGUUCAUCAUUGAAAAUCAUUUUCACA